CAGCCCUCAGGCAGCCAAAUGCCCGCACGUCCCAGGCUGGGCGCCCCGUCCCCCGGAGGCUCCCGUGCGACGACUCCGCCGCCGGCCGCCAAUCCUGACGCCGGCGACACCAUCUACGAGGCUGGCGGCGCGCUGCAGGGUUUGGAUGCCGAGGCGCGCCGGCCGACUCCUCCGGGCCACCACCGCAGCACGAGCGACUGCAUCGCCGGCGCGCUCGCCGUCUCGAGCAGCCCGCGCUACGACGGCGCACACGGCCACGGCGGCGCCUGCUCGGCGAGUGGCCGCGGCAGCGCGCUCGACGCGAGGCUCGCGUCGGAGCCCGACCUCGCCUCGGGGCGUUCGUCGGGCGCGGCGUCGCGCCCUUCGCUGCAGUCGCUUGUGGAGGGGGCGGAGGGCGGCGGGUCGCCCUGCGUGCGCGACGUCGAGCUGGCGCAGGCGCUCUCGACUCCGUCCGACCGGCUCGAGCCUCUCGCGGCGGCAGGAGGAGGGCACCGCUCGCGGCCUCACUCGGCGGUCCCCUCGACCUGGUCGAGCUCGACUCUCUCCGAGGGGGACGCCGGCUCUUGCUCCAACCCGUCUCCCUCGGACGCCAACACUGUCCGGCUGCGACCGCCUCAAGGCGAGGCCAGCCCGGGCGGAGACCGCGCCACAGGCCGCCUGGCCCAGCUGCGGCUCCCUCCUUCGGUGCACGACUCCACCGCCCCCGCGGCAGCCGCCCCCGCGGCAGCCGCCGCGCAGAGCUCGUCGCGCGGGUCCGCCGAGGAGAGGCGCGAGGGGCCGCUGUGGCGGUCCGGCAGCGCGGAUGGGCCGAGGAUGGUGCCGGCCUCCUCCUCGACGGACGCGCUGCCACGAGGGAGCCUGGCGGGCAGUGGGAGCGGGGCGGUGCUCUGGGGCGAAAAGGCGGGCGGCGGGGGCGCAAAGUCAGAGCGUGAGCGCGCGCUGCUUGCGCAGAUCAAGCAGCUGGAGGGCCAGCUGGCCAAGGAGAAGCACAAGAAGAAGGAGGCGGCCAAGGCGGUGGCGCCCUCCGAGACCCGCAAGCGCCUCGUCGUCUGCACACAAUGGCUGCCGUACCAAGUCGAGCGCACCGCCAGCGGCGAGCUGCGCGUGCUACCUUCGCCCGCGCGGUACGUCGCGGGGUACGCGACCAUCAAGCGGCUCGACGUGCAGUGGGUGGGCGUGCUGUACAACGUCACGCUCUCGGCCGAGGAGCAGCCGGUCGCGCGGCGGCUGCUCGAGCCGUUCUCGUGCUUCCCGGUCUUCAUCGAGGAGGAGCAGCUUCACUUUGCGGAGGAGAUUGCAGCGGAGGUGCUCUGGCCGCUCUUCCACUACAUCCCGCUGUCGAUGCUCGACGCCGACAUCGACAUGGUGCACAAGCGGUGGGAGGGCUACACCGCGCUCAACACGCGCUUCCGCGACACCGUGCUCGAGCUGGCGCCCCUCCACACCGAUUUGGCGCGGGUCCACGACUCCGACCUGGCGCGGCCAAAGAUGCGGAUCGGCUGGUUUCUGCACACGCCCUUCCCGUCGGCCGAGAUCUACCACACGCUGCCGCACCGGAAGACGAUCUUGCGCGGCGUGCUCGGCGCGAACCUCAUCGGCUUCCAGAUCUACGACUACGUCCGACACUUCAUGACUGCGUGCGCGUCGGUCCUCGGUAUGGGACUAGGGACGGACGUCAACGUCGAGAGCACGUACAUUUUGGACGCGCAGCAGCGGACGGCGGUCACGGUGGACGCCUUCCCUGUGGGAAUCGACUGCGCGCACUUCCAGUCGCUGCUCGCGACGCGCGAGCUCAAGGACAAGGUCAUCGAGCUGCAGCGCCGCUUCGACGGGAAGAAGAUCGUGCUGGGCAUCGACCGCAUGGACUACAUCAAGGGCAUCCCGCACAAGCUACUCGCCAUCGACAAGUUCCUCUCCGCCCACCCGACCUGGGCAGGCAAGAUCCAGCUGGUGCAGAUCGCGACGCCGAUUAUGCGGGGCGACACGGCGCGCUACGUCAAGCUGCGGAACAAGGUGCACAAGCUGGUCGGCCAGAUCAACGGCCGCUUCUCGACGCUAGCCCACGCGCCGAUCCACUACCUCGACCAGCCCAUCUCGCCUUGCGACGCGGACGUGAUGAUGAUCACGUCGCUGCGCGAGGGGAUGAACGCGAACGCCUUCGAGUACGUGGCUUGCCAGCAGCGCAACCGCGGAGUGCUCAUCCUCUCCGAGUUUGCCGGAUCCGCGCAGACGCUCGGCUCGGGCGCCAUCCUCGCGCUUCAUAUGCCGGAGGCGGACCGCGAGGAGAGGCACCACAACAUGAACGAGUACGUGCAGCGCUUCACGCUGCAGUACUGGUCCGACGACUUCUCGACCGAGCUGAUGACGCAGGAGGACGCCGACCACGAGCUGCUCUCGCUCGAGCUGCCCGAGCCGCUGCCGCGGAGCGAGCUGCUCGACUCGUUUGCAAAGUCAAUUAUUAGAGAUGCCAGCGAGAGGGGUUGCGGACGGGCUGGUGGCUCACUAGGCACGCUCAUCAACUACUCGGACUUCAAGGAGAUGCACCCGCUCAGCGACAAGCUCUGGGGCGACCUCCUCACCCUCGCCUCCGAUCCGGGCAACUGCGUGGUCGUCAUCACCGGCCGGGAGCGAGGGCUCGUCUCACAGUGGCUCGGAGACCUGCCGGUGUGGGUGGUGGCCGAGAACGGCGUCUUUGUGCGGCUGGGCGGGCCGUCGACGGAGUGGGCCUGCCCGCUUGAGCCGGUCGAGCCAAACAACGACUGGAAGGCGUGCAUCACGCCGGAGCGCACGCCCGGCUCCAUCACCGAGUCGCAAGAGCACACGCUGACCUGGCACUACCGAGACUCGGAUGAGGACUUUGGCGAGAUCCAGGCCUCCGACUUGCAGCUCCACCUCAAAGAGGUGCUCGGCAACCAGCCCGUCGAGGUCUUCCUCGACUCGAAGAUGGUGCAGCUGCGCCCGUACGGCGUCUCGAAGGGCGCGGCGCUCGAGGCGGUGCUGGAGGCGUGCACGCUCGGCCCGCGCGACCUCGCGUCCGUCCCGUCGACGCGGAGGGAGCGGACGGAUGACACCACGGCGCGGCUGGAGCGCGAGUCAAACACCUCUUCGCUGCACGAGCUGUCGGAGGACCUCGCCACGGCCGCCGCCGCCGCCGAGGCGCCGCUGACGCAGGAGGCGCUCGCCGCCGCCGCGGGCGCCGCCGAGCGCCUCCCCCUGGACUUCGUGCUCUGCCUCGGCGCGCACUCGAUGCGAGACGAGGACUUGUUCGGCGGCCUGCUGCCCAAGGAGGGGGAGGACCGCGAGGAGUACAUGGAGCACCUCCCCGCGGACGCCAAGCACGUGUGGACUUGCCGGGUGGGGAGGCAGCCAAGCCAAGCCCGCCACUACGUCGACGACGAGCGGGAGGCGGCGGCGCUGCUCGCGCAGCUGGCGGCGGCGCUGCUCGCGCAGCUGGGCGCGGCCACCCGCAUCGGGCAGGAGAAGGAGCGCGAGCAGGCGGCCGCGGCCGUGCAGCUGCAGCUGGACGAGGCGGCCGCCGCGUCCAUCGACGGCGACGCGGUGGGGGAGCGCGCGGCGGCGGCGGCGGACGAGCAGAGCCUUCGCAGCGCGCUCGAGUGCAUGGACGAGAUCGAGGAGCAAAUCUCCGGGUUCCAGCUCGCCUUCUUCCUCGACUACGACGGCACCCUCACCCCCAUCGUCGAGAACCCGUCCGAGGCGAAGCUGUCCGAGGAGGCGCGGUCGGUGGUGCGCGCGCUCUCGUACCGUUUCCCGACCGCGAUCGUCUCGGGCCGCGCGCGGGCGACCGCGCAGGGCCUGAUGCAGCUAGACGGGCUCUACUACGCCGGCUCGCACGGCUUCGACAUCCUCGGCCCGGACGGCUCGAACUACAAGAUGGCGGAGUCCUUCCGGCCGUCGCUCGAGGAGGCCAAGGUGAAGCUGGAGGAGCAGCUCGCGCACAUCGCGGGCGCGCUCGUGGAGGACAACAACUUCUCCGUCUCGGCGCACUACCGCAUGGUGGCGGAGGAGGAGCGCGAGGCAGUCAACGAGGCGGUCGAGCGGAUCGUGGCGGAGAUGCCGAUGCUGCGGCGCACGUACGGCAAGAUGGUGUACGAGCUCCGGCCGUCGGCAGAGUGGGACAAGGGCAAGGCCGUCGAGUGGCUGAUCGAGAACUGGAUCAAGCGCUCUUGCGAGCUGCCCGUCUUCCCAAUCUACAUCGGCGAUGACGUGACCGACGAGGACGCCUUCCGGGUGAUGGGCGGCCUCGGCGGCUUCGGCAUCAUCGUGUCCGACUUCCCUCGCCUCAUCACCGACACCGCCGCGUCGUACGCGCUGCGCUCGCCGCUGGAGGCGCUGCACCUCCUCGACCACUGCGCCUUCUCUCGGAACCGUCUCGGAACCGUGCUGCACUUCCUCGACCACUUCGCCUUCUCGUCGCCGAGCGCGCCGCCGAGCGAGCGGAUCAGCGCGCUGGUGGCGGGCGGGUCGGCGGCCGAGAGCGAGAGCGAGGCGUCGCCGUUUGUGGAGAGGAGGACUCCGGCUGAGAGGUACUCGGAGAGGUAGAGAGGGCGGCGCAGUCCGCAGCGCAGAGAGAGCGUGCGCGUCUUGUUAUACGACAGUACCGUGGUCACAGAGGUCCGUUUGAGAUUGUGAGGAGUGAGCGUUUUGCUGUCCCGCCCGGCCUCCUGAGUCCUGUCUAUUUGUGUGUUCCCGUCCGUCUCCCGACUCCCGUAGAGAUUCGUGCUUUGCGAGUUGCGACGUUGUCACGCGUCGAAACGUGUAGAAACAAGGAUGGACAGCG